UUUCACCUCAGCUAAAACUCUCCAAAAUAAAAAGUGCUGAAUACAUAUUUAACUUCAUUACUGUGCUAUUUUGAGGGCUUACGAACAAAUAGACGAUUUUAAUAGGCCUACAUUAAAAAAAUUCUCAUCUCUGAGGUAAGAUUGCAAAGUUGUCGGUGAAAAGCCGAAGCUCUUGACGCACUCCGGCGGAAUUGAUUGAUGUCAAUGGGGCGCACCUGCGGUUCAACUGUCGGCUCUGGGAUCGGCUGUGCCCUCAUCAAACUUACCUGAGGGCCUCCCGGUGUCCAGUUUGGCCCUGCUGAUCCUGGUGCUCAUUCCCUGCGUGCUUCUGCUCCUGCUGCUCAACUGCCUGUUCGUGGGAUACAAACUGUUCCGGAUGACCCAGAGGAAGAGAGACCGCUUCGGGUCGGAAAUCUCUCUCAUGCACUCUUCGUUUUCCACCCGCCAGAGAGUCACCCGUUUUUCUGAUGAGCCUCUGCUCGCUCCAAACAGAAAGACCAACUACGUCUCGGUCUCGGAGCCGAUGCUGGCGCCUCCCAUCAGCUCGUCCCUGACCUCCUCAGCGGAGAGAAGGGCCACCGGGCAGCGCGCCAGGUUUGUACGCCCGGAUGGGUCCACUUACGCCGGGCCCGAGUCAUUGCGUGCGCGCGUGCCGAUCUGGAGGACGAGCGCCCCGGUUCUGCUGCAGUCCAGUGAUUCGGACACAGAGCGGGUCAACACGGUGCCCCCGAACUCACCAGCACAGCAUCUGACUCCCAAUGGGUUCUCAAUGCGGAUGACUUCCAUGCGUAGGAGCAGCACCAUGGAGCUGGAGAGCGCUCCUCUGGAUAAGCUCCAUGUGGAAUGCGAGUCCGCCAGCAUCAUCCAGCCGGAGAACUCCUGUUAUGUGGCGUCACCAAGCCCCUCGGCUGGGGGUUCAGGACUGGACAGUGACUUCGGAGCCAGUGCAGGUGUAUCUCUGCGCAUCCUUUCAGUGGACAGUGACGGUUUCCCGGGCUCUGCCUGGGCGUCUGUUCUGGAAUGGGAUUACUACGACCCAAGUUAUGUCACUCAGAACCACAUCCCAAAGCACAGACACCACGUACCCCCCAUCACCACCAAACAGUACUGGGUCUGAGCCCGAACUCCAUAGAGAGAGAGAUCCAGAACAAGACUUAAUUUAGCCAUUCUCAUUCUAGAGGUUCAAUUGAGCUGAGUCUAGAUUUCUGUCUGGGUUUAAUGGACUUAAUGUUCACUUGCUGUUUUAACUGCAACACAUCACAUGUCAAAUCACACACACGAUUUUAAAAAAAUCUUCACGAUCACUGCUUACUUCUGCAGCAACUCCAAACAAGUUUGUUCAGUUUACAAAAUUGGUGUUUAUACAAUCACCCCACUAUUUCUUUUACUUUGACACGGAGUUUGUUUUACACGUCGAGUUUCUCACCAUUGAAAUUAUGUUUGCACAUGAUUCUCAGCAUGGAGUUAGUCUUCAGAAGAGGCUGUUUUUGAGUACUUCACAUUUUUGACACGAUACACGUUCUUGCAUUUGUAAAUAUAGUAGUAUUUAGAUUGUGCCGGAAUUGAAUAAAGUUUUAAACUACAGGGUCUCAUUUUAUUGCUGUGGACAUCUAAAGCAAUUAUUAAGAGUCAACAAAAUUAUAAAAAAAAUCUAAAUAAGAUA